CCCCCUCUGUACGUAACACCCACCCCCCUCCCCCCCAUAGUCAAACGGAACUGCACUUGCCAACCGCCCAUCUGAUCCCCUUCCAUUUCCCCCUUCACCACCCCCUCCAUUACCAGCCACAGCUUCCGUCCCGAUCUCACUUCGUACGGAGCUCUUGCUGACCUUAAAUCCUGAUUACUCGCCAGUCAUCCCAAUACCAAUACCCUAUACACCCUUUUAAUCCAUCCUCUUACAACAAAACCCCACCCACCCACAUUCCCAACAUGUCCGAUCUCAAGCCCGAGGAGUCCGUCAAGCCCACCGAGGCCACCACCCUCGUCGAGCCCGAGGCCACACCCGCCAUCACCGACACCGUGCCAAUAGCCCCCGUCGUUGUGACAGCUGAGACACCAAAGACCGAGGCUGUAGAGGACAAGAAGGAGGAGAAGCCGGAGCCCAAGGAGAUCACUGAGGGUGCUCUGCAGAAGUCGCAUCGUGGCCUGCUAUCCUUUUUCAAGCAGAAGCGAUUCUUUUACUUCCAGGAGGAUGCCAUCUCCGAGUCGGACCUCAAGACUUACUUCCACAAGGACAAUUCGUCCAAGGCGACGUGCGCGUACGCGCUCCAGACCGGAAAGGGACUGUGGUUCUACUCCAAGGAUGAGGGCCACAAGCACCCCCACGGCAUCAUCAAGCUCUCGGAUGUCACCGAGGUGACCGAGAGCGGCUCCAACAAGUUCGUGUUGAAGCUGUCGACCGGUGAUUUGCACUUUGAGGCCCCCGCUGCCGAGCGUGACAGCUGGGUCUUCACCCUCAAAACCAAGAUCGCCGAGGCCAAGACCACUGCCGAGGAGGUUCACGAGUCCGAGGGGUACAAGGCCGCUUUGGAGAAGCUUUCCAACCCUGCUGCUGCUUUCGUGAAGCCCGCUGUUACGAAGGAGGAGCACAAGGAGACCACCGAGGAGGAGGCCGCCAAGCCCGUCACCGAGGAGGCCAAGACCGACGCCGUCGUCCCCGAGACUGCCGUGACCUCUGACGAGGAGGCCACCGAGCACAAGACGGAGAUGAAGCGCUCCCAGUCGAAGAAGAACAAGAGAAUCUCCGGAUUCAACGUUCCUUUCCUGAACAAGAAGGAGAAGGUCGAGGACAAGAAGGAGGAGGCCGCGGCGGUUGAGGAGCCCGCUAAGCUCGAUGCCACUGAGAUUCCGGCUGCCCCUGCCCCUGGUGUCGAUGUCGCCGUCACCGAGCCCGCCGCUGAGACCAAGCCCGUUGAGGAGGAGGCUAAGCCUGAGGAGACCCGCCCCGAGCCCAAGAAGAACCGCCAGUCGUUCUUCUCCCGUUUUGGUGGACCCAAGAAGGAGGAGACCGCCACCGAGAAGGGUAAGGAGGUUGAGGCUGUUGCCCCCGCUGCCGAGACCGAGACCACCGAGAAGGUCGCAGAGACCGCCCCUGUCAUCGACAUCCCUGCCGCCAACGAGGAGAAGAAGGACGACCGCAAGACGCCCACCUCUCCCAAGAGCGACCUCCUCUCUUUCUUCUCCAAGCGCGACAAGAGCCCUGCCCCCAAGGCUCACGUCGAGGAGAAGAUCGAGGACAAGGUCGACGCCGUUGUUGCCGCCGCUGCCGCCGAGACCGCCCCCGUCAUCGAGGCCCCCAAGGAGGUCGCCCCUAUCGCUCCUGCAACCGAGGAGGCUACCGUCGAGGUCCCCAAGGAUGCCGCCGUCACUAGCCCCAAGGAGAAGCGAAAGUCGAGCUUCUUCGGAUUUGGUGCUAAGGAGAAGAAGGCCGAGGACGUCAAGUCUGACUCUGAGGAUGCUGAGCCCAGCACCACCAAGCCUUCCACUUCGCCCGUCCCCAAGGGCUUCCUCGAAGGCCUGAAGCGCAAAGUAAGCAAGGCUGGCAAGCCCGAGAAGGAGGCCAAGGAGGUUGCCACCCCUGCCGCCGUUGCCGAGGAGGAGACUCCCAAGGAGGCCGUGCCGGAGACCGCUGAGGGCGUCAAGGAGACCGAGACCAAGCCCGAGGAGACCCCCGCCGAGGUUGCACCAGCAGUCAGCGAUGUGACGGCAGCUAAGCCCGUACAGGCGGCCGCAUAAAAAAAAGUCACUUUUGUUUCUUUCUCUUCCUCUUGACCCAUUUUGCACACCUGGCAUAACAUUCCUGUGCAAGUUUUGUCGGUCAAUUUUCGAGUUACAGCGCCUUAAUGUUUAACGUUCUGCGAGCUGCUUUUUGUUGACGGUGUUUAUUUGCCUGUGGUGCCUCCACACUCUCUGCUUGAAAUGGGUUUCUCCUUGUGUUUAUAGUCACAUCUUCCUCCCUGACGGCCUUUUUCUUUAAUUUCGUUGCGUGUUGCUUCUUGGAUACCAAUUUCUUCGUGUAUGUGGCAUCUUCUCCUGCCACAACACGAUGAUUCGCUCGCAUGUUUUAUAGUGUCCAUUUGUGUUUCGUCUUUCUUAUUUUGGUGGUGAUGCAGCCAUAGGAAAUAGUAAUAAUCGUAUCAAUAGGGGUGGCGGGGCUGGGAGGUAGUGGUGGUUGGGGUUGGGGUUGGGGUUGGGG